ACAGAGGAAUUCAGUAAGUGCCACAUCUUCACACCAUCCAUUGGCUGAUUUGAUGAUUAUUGAUACAGUAUAUAUGAGAGAUGAUAUGUGUCCUGGCCUAUCCUUAGCCUGUCAGGACAGUGAAUCUGUGUCUCCCCUGCCUAUUAGACAAAUGCAAACCUAAAGGUGUAUUUUAACACACAAUGGCAUCAUUGAAACAAGCUUCAGCUACUCCUGCGCCUAGUGCUGGGAUGGCACCAGCAACGGUAUUAAGCAAAGAAGAAAAUACAUGCUUAAGGCAAUGCAAAGAUACAUUAUCUAAUUCCUCAGUGACAUUCUGGUCCAGCCUACUGACCUGUGCAGGCUUCUGCUGGGAGAGAAGGGGAGGGGGCUGGAGUGCUGCAGGCUCUCUAUUCAUGAGACCCACUUUGUGUAGCAGAUGCUGUUGGCUGGCUGGAUGGGAGCUCUGUGCUGCAGGGGGAGAACACAAAGGCCAAUCCCUGCUUAUAGAAUGAACAGCUCUGAGCAGGCAUCAGUGCUUGGUGCCUCACAAUAGGCACAACUCUUUUCCUCUCCGCUGUUGCUUUAAGAGCUCUUGCUGAUUUUUUCUCAGCCGAGUUUGCCAAAGGAGAAGACCCUCUUCCUGUGUUGCCUAGCAACUGGACUCUUCAGAAGGGGGAGCCAACUUCCUCUGCUCUCCAGUCUGCUGGCACAGUGCUGCAAUCCUAGCGCAAUGGUCAGCCUUCUCCAACCAUAGCAGGACAUUCUGUAAGGAGAUGGGCUCAUGCUCUGCCAUCGCUGCUUCUCCAGUGCCACCUCACUGAAUGCCCCGCUCAACUCUGACACUUCAGAUCUUCACCACUGGAACCAGACGGAAGACUCCUGCUGAGGUACUGGCCAUGAGCCCCUGUCUAUCCUUUUUAUGUACCCCCAAACUCACCUACUUGUUAGAUUUCAAAAGCUACCAGGAACUCUCAGUAAAAGUUACUGUCAUCUGGCGUGCGAGAAGCUCCUGAAGUAUGCAGAUCAUCUUGUCAUAUUGUGUGGCUGGGAGGGAUAAAACCACCUUGCACCGUCUGCACACAAUUUUAUUGUUCAGUUCCUCACUGUGCAAAUCAGCAGAAACAAGCCUUCAGCCAAGCUUGAGGGUUUACAGAGACUUAUAUCUGCACACUUAAAUCACUGCUCCAAGGUACCUGCAAAUGGAGGCAAAAGUUUUAUGGGGAGCACUAAGCCUCUUACGGAUAUUUUGGUCCUUGCUUCCACAGAAGGGAUAUAUCCAUCCAGAUGAAUUCUUCCAGUCUCCAGAGGUCAUGGCCGGUGAUUUCUUGGAUUUGGAGACCAACCGCCCUUGGGAAUUCCUUCCUACUUUCCCCUGCAGGACUAUACUCAUUCCUGUAUUAACAUCUGGUACAGCAUUCUGGAUUAUUAGAGUAUUACGGCCCAUUGGUGCUGAAAGGGUUCUCAGUCACAGCUAUGUUCUUAUAGUGCUUCCAAGGAUCAUUGUAACCAUUCUAUCCUUCCUGCUGGAUUACAGUGUAUAUCAUAUAGCACCUGCCUGGAGAUCAGACCGCUGGAAAGCAAUGACCCUUCUUGCCACAUCUUAUGUUACUUUAGUUUUUUAUACAAGGACAACCAGCAAUGCAAUAGAAGGUAUUUUGUUUGCUUUGAUUCUGCUUCUCACGUCACCCGGAAGCCAUGGCUGUCCUAACCACUACAAAGUCAAAUCCAGUCAUCUGAUUGGGAUUGUUCUGGCAGCUGGGAUCUUUAACAGGCCUACUUUUCUUGGUUUUGCAUUUAUGCCAGUUCUUAACUGGGCUAGAAAACAUUAUAACUCCCAGUUCUCCUUCAAAACAGCACUUUCCAACAUCUUCCAGCUAUUGCCUAGCUUUGUUAUCACUGCAAGCAUCUUCAUAGCUGCAGACACAUUGUAUUAUAGAGGGUACCACCUAUAUUCUUUAUCUGGUACUGAGGCCUUCUCCAAGCACAUACUAGAGAACAUAGUGUUAACUCCUCUUAACUUCCUCCGUUAUAACCUUAGCCCAGAUAAUCUUGCCCAGCAUGGAACUCAUCCUCCUGUUACACACUUGGCAGUGAAUGGGGUCAUGCUGUUUGGUGUUCUUCAUGUGUCCGCUGUGUUUUCUGGCAUAAAAAUAAUGAAAUGGUUCAUAUAUACAUCACUAUAUAGAAACAAGUCUAAAUGUGAUGAGUCUGUAACUAAACAGUCAGUUUCACUGUUCACAUUUUAUUUUGUUCCUCUCUUACUUCUGUCAUUAUUUAGACACCAAGAACCUCGCUUCCUGAUCCCCUUGCUUCUGCCGUUAGUCUUAUUAAGUACCCAAUGUAAGAGAAACAUAGGCAUGACCUCUGGUAUUGUCAUAUUUAAUAUCAUAGGAGCCCUCUUCUUUGGAAGUCUACACCAAGCUGGCGUAGUUCCCAGUUUAGCACAUGUGCAACAAACUGUGCAGUCGGAGUACCCCUCUAAUAAUCUUACAACCCAUUACACUAUCAUUUUCACCCAUACCUAUAUGCCUCCUAAACAUUUACUCUAUUUACAAACUGGACAAAACUUGGUGAAUAUUAUAGACCUUGCUGGUUUUGAUAAAGACCAACUGUGCCCAAAACUGACUGAGAUUAAAAGAGAUCUCUUGCAUAGAAGUAUACAUUUAUCAGGGCAGAUGAAGCAUCAUUUCUUAGUUGUGAUCCCCGGUACCAUUGCACCAGUAUUGGAUAAUUGUGAGUUAGUGCUCAAAAAGCGGACAUCAUUUUUCCCUCACUUGUCAAUGGAAGACCCACCUACACUGUCAAAUUUGUUCAGUAGUAAUCUGACCACUCAGUUAGCACUGCAUCUGAUUGAGGUAAAUCUCUAUACGUGAAAGGGAUGAGAUCUGCGAAACAUUGUUAAAACUUUGUACAGUGUACACUACAUAGCACUUUUUGGCAUCUCUGUAUUAUGGAGAUGAUCCAAAGGUUGUAUAAUUUUGUUAGAUAAUUUUUAGUUCUUUCCUGCAGUUACAAAAACAAAUACUUUCAACUACUGCUAUUUACUGUAAAAAACAACAACAUCAUAAUGGGAAACUAAAUACCAGUGUAAAAUACUGUAUUUAAGGACAUGUGCAGGGGCGUAAAUACAGAGGAAGCAGACCCUGCGGCUGCAGGGGGGCCCAGGAGGUACAGGGGGCCCCAUGAGGCUUUUCAUUGAUGAGCAAUUUGAACAUAUAUUGGUAAAACAGGACAAACACUGGAUAUGUUGGGGGCCCUAAAAUUAAUUUGCUGUGGGGCCCAGCAACAUCUAGUUACGCCACUGGACAUGUGACUAUUGUUUUGACAUUACAAGAUUCCCACAUAUGGGAAAUAUCAGUGCCCAUAGCUACACUGUGAAAACUGACAGUCAGGGGAGGUUGCAGCAUGCUGCAUUUAAAGGGGAUCUAUCACAAAAAUAAAAAUUUCAUAAAUAAGAAACUUUCUAAAUAUAAUCAAUUAGGCAUUCUGCAUCAUUUACGUAAUAAUCAUGUAACUCUUCACUCUCCCACACUCAGCAGCAACCUGUCACUCUUUAUUUUCUCUUAACGAGUAGGCAGAGACAGUUAGGUCUAAUUCAUCCUUUGGGUGCUUGCACCCUUUGCCUAGAUUAGUGCUCACACUUUCAAAAUAAACAGCUCUGAUGGAAAUCCUGUUUCUCCGUGUGAAGGGUGUUUGCCAGAGCCAGUUAUUUUGUUAACUUUUGUUUGUGCUGCAGUUGGUUAUUUGAGUCAGCCCCCCUAAAAGACGUAUUAGACCUACCUAAGUGUGACCCAGACCUCAGCAUGAAGAGAGCAGUGAAGGUUGCUGAAAGUGCAAUACGAAAGACUAACUUGAUUAUAUAUAUUUAUUUAUAAUGGUACAGAUUUUUUAAUUGAUUAUAUUUAGAAAGUGUCUUAGUGCAGUGAGAUGAAGCUUAUAUUAUUUUCACAAUAGAUCCUGAUGGAUUGCAUCUGAUACUCCAGCCUCACUAUGUUGUUUUCUGCAAUUAGUAGAUAGUUGGAUAUUUGUUUAUGUCUUGCCUUGUGGCUACUUAGAUGAAAAACAAAUUGUCAGUAUUGUGGUUUAUGGUUUUAUGCACUUACAUUUAUAUUUGUACCAAAGGAAAACCUCAAAAUCUAGUAUUUGAUUGUAUUAUGUUAAAAAAUGGUUGUAUAGCUAUGUAAAAGGCAUUAUUUUCUGUCAAAAUGGCCACAGCCACCUAGAAUACCCCUGUGCUUCACUACACUGUUAUUGUAAGCAAACAUUAUCCUCUGCAGUUCAGGCAAACUAAAGAUGGCAUGGGGAAAAUAUUAAUAAAAAAAAAGUAAAAUUAA